UUCUACAGUUUGACCAGGCAACUGAGAGAUACCAGUGCCAUAUUCCUUACAUAUGAGACGCAGUUUUGGAGUUCAACUAAAGCUAAAUCUAAAUUUGGACCUUUUUUGUGUGGCACAGAUUUGAAAAAACUGUUUAAGAUGUCGAUGCCAAAUGCAGAACCGAUUACACCUUACCGUUCAAUGAGGACCAGAUCCGUGGGCCAGAAAGGAGACCACAAGAUUGAAGAGGCAGACCGCUUGAAGGCCUCGAUGGAUGUGGGCUACCUCUUGCAGCGUGUGCUGAGCUCAGACCUGGCCCCCUCCGUCAUGCACUCCAACCGCAUGCGACUGGAGACCCUACGCCGGUGCUCCUACUACCUGGAGGUCAUCCGGCUGGACCUGCCCCUGGGAGAACACACCUACCUGUCCAACUCCACUAUCCUGCACCUGAUUGACCCGUGGAAGCUACAGCGCAUGAAGAAGCUGGCCAACAGCCAGGUGAAGAUCCAGCUGAGCCUGCUGGAGGAGCUCCACGAGCAGCUGCUGAAGGGGCGCCAGAGGCUCGACUCCCUGCUGGAGUGCUGCGACCUGCCCAUGCUGAUGGUGGAGGGCGAGUCCAUCCGCGAGCGGGUGACCGAACUGCUGCUGACCAAGGCAGACUUUGACGCCAUGCUGUUGCCAGGGCGUCUGCACUCCAAGCACCAGCUCAUCUCCGACAUGGGCAGCGCCAAGGUGCCCCAGGUGCGGCUGGCACUGGUCCUGAAGAUGCCCGUGCACUUUGACAAGGAGCGCUCGUUCGCCACAGGAAGCUCAGCCAGCCUGCACUGGCACGUGGCAGGCAGCGAGACAGCGGACCCGCGAGAACAGUUUGAGCUACGCUACAAGCUGAUGCAGCCCACAUGUGUGGUGGAGGGGGCGGAGGUGGGCGUGCUCACCUGCGCAGCCUACAGUGCACAGGUGGAGGGCCUGCGUUCAGACCGCUGCUAUGAGUUCAGCAUAAAGAGGGUGGACUCCUGCUGCCUGGUCUACGGCCUCUGGAAUGACAGCAUCAUCCUCAGAACCAUCUCCACAAGCAUUGGGGGUGGGAAUGAAAACUAUGACAAGAGGAGGAGACUGUUCCCAUGGUGAGAUGGAUAUCAAAGAGAAAGUUUUUAUAUAGAGUUAUGAACAUCAAAUACAUUUUAUCUAUACAUUUUCAAUAAUACAGCCUCUUCAUUGACUGUGGUCAUAUAUCCUGUUGUGUUGGUGUGAUAGAUGAACUGGAGUGUUUUAUUGUCUUUCACAGUGAAGGAAAGUCAUUUCCUACCUGGUGAUCUGUAAUCUCAUAACUUUUAAUGCAGCAUUAUGAAGGUCUGGUCUAAAACUAGCAAGCUACCCACAUAAAAAGCUUGCAAACACCACUGAUAGC